AUGGGAGGAGGGAGACCACGCUAUGGGAGGAGGGAGACCACGCUAUGGGAGGAGGGAGACCACGCUAUGGGAGGAGGGAGACCACGCUAUGGGAGGAGGGAGACCACGCUAUGGGAGGAGGGAGACCACGCUAUGGGAGGAGGGAGACCACGCUAUGGGAGGAGGGAGACCACGCUAUGGGAGGAGGGAGACCACGCUAUGGGAGGAGGGAGACCACGCUAUGGGAGGAGGGAGACCACGCUAUGGGAGGAGGGAGACCACGCUAUGGGAGGAGGGAGACCACGCUAUGGGAGGAGGGAGACCACGCUAUGGGAGGAGGGAGACCACGCUAUGGGAGGAGGGAGACCACGCUAUGGGAGGAGGGAGACCACGCUAUGGGAGGAGGGAGACCACGCUAUGGGAGGAGGGAGACCACGCUAUGGGAGGAGGGAGACCACGCUAUGGGAGGAGGGAGACCACGCUAUGGGAGGAGGGAGACCACGCUAUGGGAGGAGGGAGACCACGCUAUGGGAGGAGGGAGACCACGCUAUGGGAGGAGNGAGACCACGCUAG